GUUACCAUUAAUGAUGUUGGUUUAAGGAGGAAGAAAUUUACAGUUGUCAAAGUAAAGAAGCUUUGGGGGACUUUGUUGAAGUAAAUAAUUUAUGAAAUGAUUUUGGUUUUGGUAUUCUAAUUUGUGUUUAGGUCGGCAUGGCGGGACUCCCUUGCACCAUGCAGCAAAGAGGGGCCUUCUAAAUACAGUCAAAUUACUUCUUUCCCAUGGAGCUAAUCCAUUGGCAAUGAAUGAUGAUUGUCAAACGCCUCUAGAUGUUGCUAGGGAGAAAGGUAACAUCAAUGUUGUGCGAGCUAUCGAGGAGCACAUAUGUCUGUUCUCUGGUUGGAUGCGAGAAUUUUAUGGGCCAGGAUUCAUCGAAAUCUUUGUUCCUCAAUUGGUUUCAAGAAAAGUUUGGGUGGUUGUUCUACCAACUGGUUCGCGUAAUCAUACAACGCCUCUGAAGUUGGGGCUAGCGAUAUACUCUAGUUUGUAGGUAUUGCAAGUUUAAUUACAAUCUAUCU